CCCCGGGCAACAGGGGAUCAUGGGGCCCCUGUGUCCUUGCCCAAACUCAAAAAAGCCUAUGAAAAAGGUACCAGGGGCAUCUCUCCCCGGGCCCUUGAGCAGUGACCGAGUGCUCGAAUGGUCAGUCCGCCCCUGCCAGUGGUCAUACUCACAAACCAACUAGAUCCCAGGCUCAGAUUGCUAGGAAACCAGCCUCAGUGUAAAGCAAGUGCAACAACGGUAAGUGGACCUGCAUGACACUCCAUGGCAGAGGUAAGAGCUUGCACAUUUUGAGGGAU